AUGGAUGCAUGCAAGUUAGAUUAUACCGGUUUUGACACUUUUUCCCUUCCUAUCAAACAUUCUUCAUCAUUAACAUCAUUGACUAUUAACAAAUGUUUUUUGGAUGUUGAACUUCUCGAAUCGUUGCUCUUACGAACACCAGCACUUGUUCAUCUUAAAUUAAUAUCUCGAAAUCGUGCAUUCGAUUCUAUAUUUGACGGUUACAAUUGGGAACAAUUCAUUUGCGCUAAGUUACCUAAACUGGAUGAAUUUCAAUUUUUCUUUUCUUUCAUUGAAGAAACGAUGGAUUACUUUGGUAUUCUCAAUUCUAUCAUAACUUCAUUUCAAACUUUAUUUUGGUUGUACGAUCAACAAUGGUUUACUACUAGCGCCUAUGAUUUUCAAUCCAGUACAUUCGAACUUCAAACGACUACAAUUAGAACGGUUGGUCCAACAAAUUCAAUCAAAUUUGCGGUAUCAGCGCUAGAUGGUACAUAUCAUUUCAUUGGACCAACGCAACAAGCUAAUGAAAGUAAUACACUCUUCAAACUAAAUCUGAAAGACAAUCGAAUUGGCCGGAAUGGAGCAGAACAUCUUGCUAAUUUACAGCAAAAUAAUAGCACACUGAAAAGCCUUGAGUUGAGCGGAAAUCCUAGUUAUUUAUGUCUAAUUGUUGAAGCGGCUCAUAAAAUACGACAUAAUCAAGCACCGAGUACAUUCAACCUUGAAAGACUUAAUAUUGAUGACAAAGGAGCACAGUAUCUAGCUGAAGCAUUAAAAACUAAUAAUACACUGAUUUCACUUAUUCUUGCAUAUAAUGACAUGAGUGACGUAGGAAUAGAACUAAUAGCUCAUGCAUUAAGAAAUAAUAUAACGCUUGCGAAUAUCGAGCUACGAGGAAAUCGAAGCAAUCUUUGUAUUGUCGUUGAAAUGGCACAACGAAUAAAAUGUGAUAAAAUACUAACAACAUUAAAUCUUCGACAAAAUCGAAUUGGAGAUAUCGGAGCAGAAUAUCUUGCUAUUCUUCUACGGAAUAAUCCCACACUUAAAGAACUUGAUUUAUCAUUGAAUAGGAUCACAAACCAUGGUGCACAAAAUAUUGCUCUAGGCUUACAACAGAAUAAAGUACUUACUAGAAUGAAUCUUUCUCAAAAUCAAAUUGAAGAUGAUGGAGCACGACAAUUGGUAGAAAUUUUACAUGAUAAUCAAACGUUGAUCAAUUUAGAACUACAUAAUAAUCCAAUUAGAGUUAACUUGAAUUAUCGACGUUUAUUUACUAAAGAAGGUGAUAUUAAUCUGAUCAGGUUAAAUAUUGAACAACGGCGUCAUCGACAUUUACGAGAUUUCUUUACAUCAUUAUUGGAGUUCGGAUGGUGUUCGAUUUUAAGCUUGCUGGCAUUGUCAUUUGUCCUUUCCUGGCUCAUCUUUGCUGGAUUUUGGUUUCUCAUCAUGCAUAUUCAUGGUGACUUUUCUCAUAAUUCAGCAAAUAGUACUUGGAUACCAUGCGUGGCUGGCGUGAGAACAUUAGUAGGAGUCGUUCUUUUUUCAAUUGAAACUCAACAAACGAUCGGCUAUGGUACAAGGUCAGUGACCGAACAAUGUGAAAGUGGUGUUAUUCUUCUAGCAAUUCACACUUGUUUUGGUCUCGUGAUGCAAGCAUUGUGGGCUGGUAUUGACUAUAGUAAGCUGGCUCGACCGAAAAAUCGUCGUCGCACUCUGAUUUGGUCUCGACAAGCUGUCAUUUUUCUUCGUGAUCGAUACUUGACACUUCAGGUUCGAAUUGCUGAUAUUAGACCACGAUCGACUUUAGUUGAGGCUCAUGUUCGAAUGUACUUCAUCGCUGAACGAGUCACGAAUGAGAAAGAAAAGAUUCCAUUGAAUAUACUGGAUAUGAAUGUAGGCUUGGAUACUGGUCGAGAUCGUCUGCUUUUGAUGUGGCCAUUAACUAUCGAACACCGUAUUGAUUUCAAGAGUCCACUCUAG